UUAGUAAAGACCCAAGAACUUUCCCCUUUCUCUACGUUCUCAAGCACCACCUAUCAACUCAACCCAAAAAAGACCUUAUCAUCAUCACAAACAAACCAUUCUUCACUCUUCACAAACUCACAUACUCUCCACCACACACUCAUCAACAAGAACAAACAAAACAUGAAACCAUUGAUUAACUUCAAAACCAUAAUCAUCACCCUCUUAUACUUUUCCAUCUCCCUCGUACACCUUCAAGCUUAUGACCCAAUUGAACACUUUACCGUCAGUUGUGGCGCAACAGGAAACUCUACCGACGGACAAAGAACAUGGACAGGAGACAUAAACUCAAAACUUUUGUCAUCAUUACAAAACAAUCCAACAACAAUUUCUGUUCCAAAAACAACACAAAAUCCUUCUAGCAACAAAGUUCCAUAUUCAACAGCUCGUUUAUCACACUCAAUAUUCAACUAUUCUUUACCCGUCAGUAAAGGUCCUAAAUUCCUCCGUCUUUUUUUCUACCCUACUACUUAUACCAACGGUUUUAACCGUUAUGAUGCUUCUUUUACCGUUAUUUCUAAUGGUUUCACACUUCUUAAGGAUUUUAAUGCUUCAUUAAACGCUGAUGUUGAAGGUGUUGUUACUAUAUUGAAAGAAUAUGUUAUUAACGUUGGUGAUGAUCAAAGGCUUGAUUUGAGUUUUAUUCCAAGUAAUAAUAAUUAUGGUUUUAUUAAUGGAAUUGAAGUCUUAUCCAUGCCUGAUGAUCUAUAUUAUACACCUGAUCCUGAAUUUUCACUUGUGGGGGCCACUAAUACACAGUACAAUGUUCCUACUAGUGCUGCACUUGAGACAGAUUACAGGAUCAGAGUUGGAGUGCAAGAUAACUCACCAAACAUUCCAGACAUAGGCAUGUUCAGAAACUGGAACAUCAAUGACUCAACCUAUUUAAGAACACCAACAGCAAUUGACUUUGUCCCAGCAGACAUAUCAGGUACGAGGAAUAUCACUGUAACACCUGAUUACAUAGCACCAAAAGACCUCUUCAAAUCAUCACGUGACUUAGGAACCAAUGCUACUCUCAACAGACUCUUGAACCUAACAUGGGAAUUCCCCGUUGAUUCCGGCUUCACUUACUUCAUCAGGCUCCAUUUUUGUGAACUCGACCCCAACAUAACUCGUGCAGGUGAUAGAGUCUUCACUAUUUAUUUACAAGGAAAUGUGGCUGUAGAACAAGCUGAUGUUUUGAAAUGGACACAAAAUCAAAAAGGUCUUGCUGUGCAACGAAACUACGCAGUUUUGAUUCCAAAGAGUGAAAGUAAUAGUAACAAAAAAGUUAACCUAACAAUUCAAAUGCAUCCUUUUGGUAAUGGUGAUAGUCGAUACACAAAAUUCAGUGACCCUUUUUUAAAUGGCCUUGAAAUUUUCAAAAUCAGUGAGAUCAGUUCGAAGAAUCUAGCUGGACAGAAUCCUGAUCCGGUUCAGAAUCCGGUUCAAGAGAAGAAUAGCAAAAAAAGCAUAAAUGGAACGACAAUAAUUGGCGUUGCUUUAGGAGUUGUAUUUGGUUUAGUUUUACUUUCCAUUGUCGUUUUCUUCCUUUACAGAAGAAAACGACAAACAGAAGAGAAAAACUCUAAAACCACAAAAGAUUCGAAGUCUUCGACGACUUCAAAGUGGGGUCCAUUGUCAUUUGCAACAACAACAAAAUCAACAAAUUCAAACACAUCUCUACCAUCGGAUCUCUGCCGGAGCUUCUCCCUUCUAGAGAUUCGUGCUGCCACAAACAACUUCGACGAACUCUUCAUUGUCGGAGUUGGAGGAUUCGGCCAUGUGUACAAAGGCUACAUUGACAAUGGUUCAACACAGGUUGCAAUAAAACGGCUUAAACCGGGUUCACAACAAGGUGAAAAUGAGUUCAUCAAUGAAAUCGACAUGCUCUCGAAGCUUCGUCAUAUUCAUCUUGUUUCUUUGAUUGGUUACUGCAACGAAAACAACGAAAUGAUCAUUGUCUACGAUUUCAUGGCGCAUGGAACUUUACGUGAUCAUCUUUAUAAUACUGAGAAUCCUGCUUUAUCGUGGAAACAAAGGUUGCAAAUUUCAAUUGGAGCGGCACGUGGGUUACACUACCUUCAUACUGGUGCAAAGAACAUGAUUAUUCACCGUGACGUGAAAACGACAAAUAUUCUGUUAGAUGAUAAAUGGAUAGCAAAGGUUUCCGAUUUUGGGCUUUCGAGGAUUGGGCCUAUGGGUAUUUCAAAAGCCCAUGUUAGUACGGUUGUUAAAGGGAGUGUUGGGUAUUUAGACCCGGAGUAUUAUAAACGUCAGCGUUUGACCGAGAAAUCUGAUGUUUACUCUUUUGGUGUUGUUUUGUUCGAGAUACUGUGCGCAAGACCACCACUGAUUAGAACCGCUGAAAAGAGACAGGUGUCGCUCGCUGAUUGGGGGAGAUAUUGUCAUAAAAAUGGGAUGUUGGGGAGUAUUGUGGACCCGUCGGUGAAGUGGAGUAUAGCACCGGAGUGUUUGAGGAAAUUCGGGGAGAUUGCAGUUAGUUGUUUGUUGGAUGAUGGAACCAUGAGACCGUCGAUGAAUGAUGUUGUUUGGAUGUUGGAGUUUGCCUUGCAGUUACAAGAGAGUGCGGAAAAGCGUGAGCCUCAGGCUGUUCCGCACACUCUUGGUCGUGGGAAUGAUGACGUGGAAGGUGAUAGAAUAGAUGAAAAUGAUAAUGACGUGUUUAGUAGUGGGUCCGAUGUAGGAAUUGUUUCCGAUUUUAACAAGACUAGUGCAGUGAGUGUGAGUACUAUAAGUACCGGAAGUACUAGUGGAGAUCAUAGCUAUGGUUAUAACAGAGAAAGUGUUUUUUCUGAAAUUAUGGAUCCAAAAGCACGUUGAGAGGAAUCAAUUAAUUGAAUAAGCAUGUAGGGUGGAAAGUUAGUCUAUGGUAUUUAAAUCAAAGUUGUAAGAAAUUUGAAUGUUUUUUUUUUUCUUUCUUUUUAUUGUUUUAUAAGUUUGUGUUUGAGGUUGUAAUGUAACUUGUACAGGAAUUAAAUUACUUCUGUCUCUGAGAUUUAUAAGAAAUUGCUAUGUUUUUUUUA